CCAACUCUUCUUUUUCAUUUAUAUACUCCCACUCACUUACAGGUAAGCUCCAACCCGGCCUAAAAUGGCGAUCAUCACUCUCACUAUCCUUUUCCUAUUUCUUUCCCAACCCCCCAUAUACGCAAAAACCUUCAUAGUUCAAGUUCAUCACGAUGCUAGACCUUCUGUAUUCCCAACUAAUAAACACUGGUACGACUCUUCACUCUCAUCUCUCCCCUCCUCCCCCGAUGAUGAUGAUGAUGAUUCCGAUCAGAAAUUACUCAUUCAUACUUACCAGAAUGUCUUCCAUGGAUUCUCCGCUAAACUCUCAUCAACACAAGCCAAAUUCCUUGAAACUGUACCAGGGGUUUUGGCUGUAAUACCAGAACAGAUCCGACAUCUCCAUACUACCAGGUCGCCGGAGUUUCUCGGUCUGAAGACAUCUGAUAAUGCUGGGUUACUCAAGGAAUCGGACUUCGGUUCCGAUCUGGUUAUUGGAGUUAUCGAUACAGGGAUCUGGCCGGAAAGGGAAAGUUUCAAUGAUAAAGAUCUCAGCCCUGUUCCGUCAAAAUGGAAAGGGGAAUGCGUUUCCGGCAAGGAUUUCCCAUCUAGUUUAUGUAAUCGGAAGUUAAUCGGAGCAAGAUAUUUCUCCGCCGGUUACGAAGCAACAAACGGAAAAAUGAACGAAACAACAGAACACCGAUCGCCAAGAGACUCCGACGGACACGGAACCCACACAGCAUCAAUCGCCGCCGGUAGAUACGUUUUCCCGGCAUCUACAUUAGGUUACGCUAAAGGUAUCGCCGCCGGUAUGGCACCAAAAGCCCGAUUAUCAGCUUAUAAAGUAUGUUGGAACGCCGGUUGUUACGAUUCCGACAUACUCGCGGCGUUUGACGCCGCCGUAGCCGACGGUGUCGACGUUAUAUCUCUCAGCGUCGGCGGUGUCGUCGUCCCAUAUUAUCUCGACGCCAUAGCAAUCGGCGCCUUCGGAGCUUCCGACGCCGGAAUCUUCGUCUCCGCUUCCGCAGGUAACGGUGGACCAGGUGGAUUAACGGUUACGAAUGUCGCGCCGUGGGUGACAACUGUCGGCGCCGGAACAAUCGAUAGGGAUUUCCCUGCUGAUGUUAAACUUGGAAAUGGUAGAAUCAUUCCUGGUGUUAGUAUCUAUAGUGGGCCUGCUUUAACUCCUGGUAGGAUGUACCCAUUAAUCUACGCCGGCGUUGACGGCGGCGGCGGUGGCGAUGGUUAUUCAUCGUCUCUUUGUUUAGAAGGUUCGUUAGAUCCGAUUUCUGUAAAGGGGAAAAUUGUUGUUUGUGACAGAGGAAUCAAUUCUAGGGCGGCGAAAGGUGAUGUUGUUCGUAAAGCUGGAGGAACGGGAAUGAUUUUAGCUAAUGGAGUUUUCGACGGCGAAGGGUUGGUGGCUGACUGUCAUGUUUUACCGGCGACGGCAGUAGGUGCAAUCGGCGGUGAUGAAAUUAGAAAAUAUAUAUCGACAGUUUCGAAAUCACGUUCUCCGGCGACGGCGACGAUUGUUUUUAAAGGUACGAAAUUGGGUAUUCGGCCGGCUCCGGUGGUAGCUUCUUUCUCGGCCAGAGGACCGAAUCCAGAGUCGCCGGAGAUUAUGAAACCUGAUAUUAUUGCACCUGGAUUAAAUAUUCUAGCAGCUUGGCCUGAUAAAAUUGCUCCUUCAGGUAUCGCAUCGGAUAAUCGACGAACCGAGUUCAACAUUCUAUCGGGAACUUCCAUGGCGUGUCCCCACGUCUCGGGUCUAGCAGCUCUUUUAAAAGCGGCCCAUCCAGAAUGGAGUCCAGCCGCCAUAAAAUCUGCUCUAAUGACAACCGCAUACAUAUCAGAUAACCAAGGCCAAACAAUGAUGGACGAAUCAACAGGAAAUUCAUCAACGGUCAUGGAUUUCGGUUCGGGUCAAGUCCACCCGCAGAAAGCCAUGGAUCCCGGGCUAAUCUACGAUUUAACCUCCUACGACUACGUGGAUUUCCUUUGCAACUCAAAUUACAGUGCCAAGAACAUUCAAACAAUUACUCGAAAAAACUCAGAUUGUCGAGGAGCGAAAAGAGCGGGGCAUAUUGGUAACUUGAAUUACCCUUCGAUGACUGCGGUUUUCCAACAAUACGGGAAGCGUCAAAUGUCGACGCAUUUUAUUAGGACGGUUACGAAUGUAGGGGAGGCGAAUAGCGUGUAUAAAGUGACAGUAACUUCGCCUAAAGGGAUGUUUGUUAAGGUGGAGCCGGAAAAACUGGUGUUCCGACGAGCGGGACAGAGGCUGAGUUAUUUGGUGAGGGUGGAGGCAACGGCGGUGAAGCUGGCGACGGGGAGUUCGGAGACGAAAAGUGGUACAAUUGUUUGGUCGGACGGGAAACAUUUAGUUAGGAGUCCUUUGGUGGUGACUUUGCAAGAACCCCUUUGAUAAAAUUGGAGUGAUAAUAAUAAUAAUAAUUUUAUUAUUGUUAUUAUUUGUUAAAUAUGUAUGUAUAAUGUAAGGAGUAAUUGGUAAUUAGUUGUUGCUGUUAAUUUUCCAUUUCGGAAAAUGUAAACCAAGAAAUGCUUUUUUCAUUUUUUUUAAAGAGUAAUAUGAAUUAAGUGAUUGG